AUUCUUUUAUGCUCUGAGAGCAAUCAGCCCACGUUACACCUUUAUGAUGACCUACAAUAGAAGGUUAAAAAAAAUAAAGCAGAAAUCCCCUGAGGGUUGGACCUGACUCUGAACUUGAUAAAGACAAGAGCAGAGACACAUGAGGAAGACAGAGCAGCACGCUGCUUCAUGCUGGGCGGACAUGGAUCACAGAGUGCUGAUAGUGCUACUGUCUCUCUGGGGCCCAGGGCUCUGGGCUGAGGACACACACACUUCAACGGUAAUGCCCGAUGAUAUCAGGUUGGUCGGAGGGGCCAACCGUUGCGCCGGUAGACUAGAGAUGAAAAAGCAGGGAAACUGGACCCCUGUUAAUAACCAGUACAAGGACCUGAAAAGAGCAGCUGCAGUGUGCAGCCACCUCAACUGUGGCUCUGCUGUUUCAAUACGAGGAGGACAGAAAUCCGCUGUUCAUCCUCCUUUUGACAUCGCUUUCUUUUUUUCAGAGCCAAGCUACAGCCUUGAAAUCACAUGUUCAGAAUCUGUCAGGCUGGUUAAUGGGACUGACCUGUGCUCAGGCAGACUGGAGGUGAGGUCUAACCUCUCGUGGUCGUCGGUGUGUGAAGAUGACUUUGACCGGCAGGAUGCAGAGGUGGUCUGUAGGGAGCUUGGUUGUGGGGCUCCUUCAGCUUUCCAAGGGGCGCUGUACGGAGAAGUGGAGUCUCCAGUGUGGACCGAAGAGUUCCAAUGUGAAGGCAAUGAGUCUGUCCUCCUGGACUGUAACAGCUUUAGGACCGUGAGAAAAACCUGCUUAUCUGGCAAAGCAGUUGGACUCACCUGCGCAGACCCUGAUGAAGUCAGGCUGGUGGGAGGAGCUAACUAUUGCACUGGUAGACUAGAACUGAAACACCACGAAGAGUGGAGAAAAGUGAGUAACCUAGACUUUGACUGGAACCUGGAGGCAACAGCUACAAUAUGUCGAUGGCUGGACUGUGGCUCAUCUGCUUCAACAAAGAGGACCGAGGAUUCUUUCAAACAACCUGUGUGGUGGCUCAACUCUUCCUGUGUUCAGUCGAAAUACAAACUGAAGCAGUGUGUGGCAGUAGGGAAUAAAAUGACCUAUUCCAGACUGGAAAUCACCUGCUCAGAAUCUGUCAGGCUGGUUAAUGGGACUGGCCUGUGCUCAGGCAGACUGGAGGUGAGGUCUAACCUCUCGUGGUCGUCGGUGUGUGAAGGUGACUUUGACCGGCAGGAUGCAGAGGUGGUCUGUAGGGAGCUUGGUUGUGGGGCUCCUUCAGCCUUCCAGGGGGCGCUCUAUGGAGAAGGGGCUCCAGUGUGGACCGAAGAAUUCCGGUGUGCAGGCAAUGAGUCUCUUCUCCUGGACUGCAGAAGGUCGGGCUCAGCUACAAAAACCUGCUCACCUGACAAAGCUGUUGGACUCACCUGCUCAGAUCCACACGAUGUCAGGUUGGUGGGAGGGGCAAGCCGCUGCGCUGGUGAACUGGAGAUGAAAAACCAGGGAGAGUGGAGACCAGUGGCUGACUGGGAAUCUGAAUGGGACCAGAAUUCUGCAGCUACAGUGUGUAGACAGCUGGACUGUGGUUCUGCUGUUUGUGGAAAAAUGACAGACAUACAUCCAGACAGACCUGUGUGGUGGGUCAAGAGUUCCUGUGUUGAGUCGGCAUCUGCACUCUCCGACUGUGUGAUGAUGACUGAUCCUACUGAAACCUAUGCUGGCAUCGAAGUGAUAUGCUCAGACUUGCUGGCUCAGCCAAGCAUCUCCCUCUCUCCCUCCGCUGACGGAGACUCCAAGCAGUGGGCGUUUCGGGUGCUCAUGGGCUCCGACUUCACCAUCACAUGCGCUACUGAACCACAGUACCAAGAAGGUUCCUUCCAGCUGAUCUUCAGCCCCGCCCACAGAGAGCACAACCACACCCUGCCAGCUGUCAAUCACUCUGCCCGUUUCCUGUUCUCUGCUGCGGACCACACCCACCAAGGAAGCUACAGAUGUGUUUAUCACGUCCAUGUUUUCUCCCAUAACUUCUCCUCUGAGAGCCGGCCACUCUCUCUCACUGUCUCAGCCUCUCUAACAGAACUGAUCAUCAGACUUGUCGUGAUCCUGCUGGGUAUGAUGCUGCUCAUCACAGCCCUCUGUUUCACCUCUAAGAUGGGCAGGAGCCAGAAUAAUGCAUGAGGGAAGAAUGCAAGAGCUCAGUGAUGAUGGUCUCUACAUGAAGAAAAAGGAAAGAGAAAGAUCUCCGAGCUCCAACAAACCACACCACCACACCACCUGCUGGAUGAGGUGAAACAGGCUUGAAAUGUCUCAGCCUGGUGUUCAGUAACUCUUUAAGGUAACUAAUUAAGGAAACUAGGAAACUAAGGUACAGCUGGAUAGCUAUUGGAUAUGGCAAUGGAAUUCCUUUAAUAUUUUUGUCAGACAUUGGAGCAUUUUGUAAAUAUGCAAGUUUUUCUUUUUAAAUAUAAAAGGAGUUUGCCUUUCCUCACAGACCCGUUACUAGAUGUUUGAGAUAAGUUAAAAUUAUAUCCUGUUUCUGCUGUGUCUGAUUUGUUGGUAACAAACUUACUGUGAUAUAAUGAUGAAGUAAUGACGGAAACUGUAAAAAUAACCACAAUAUGCAGGUUGUUUUUCACUUUAGUUUACGGUACAGUUUUGUUGUAAUGUGCCGCUAGAGUGUGUAAUAAGUGUCUCACGGUGGGAAAUAAAGAUGGAAUGUGCUAGCAGCUUCCAUAGUCUAAUGUUUGUGACAUAUGAGAGUAGAAACUAUCACUACCUACAACCUACAUUGGACUGUGGACAACGUCCAAUCUACAACGGAUGGGUGAGGGAGUGCCAACAUGUGGCCUGAUGUGCUUUGACUUUAGUUCACAGUACAGAUAUCUUCCAAUGAGCAACUAAUGAUCAGUAAGAAAGUGAAACAAUGUUUAAAUAAAGGCCAAAUAAUAUGUUCCUGAUAUAAUACGGCAUUACAUUCCUCUAAUUACAGCUGUCUCAUGAAGCUAUCGUAGGUCCAUGAUGGAAGUAUUCAAUGUGAAGCAUUACAGUAUUAUUUGUAGAACAUUGUAUUUUAUUUCUCAUUAGACUAUGAUCUUGUAAAAUGAUGUCUAAUAGUAUAUUAGGGUCUCCUAUUUGCUUUCUAAUUAGAGUAUAAUUUGGUGUAACAGUAUUUAAGUAUUGUUUAUUUUGGAUCUAAU